AUGUCAUCCCACGCGACCCUCGCAGCCGCCGCCGACGACCGCAAGGCCCGUCUAGCCAAGCUCAAGUCCUUGAAGCGCAAAGAACCUGAGCCAGCCUCCUUCGACGAUGACGAAGAACACGGGGUCCCAAACUCGGCUUCGAAGCCCCCCAUCUUGUCUCUGGAAAAGCCGACGCUAGAAGAGCAGGCGGCCGACAUCGAGGAGGAAGCGCAGCGGCAGGCGGCGCUGGACGCGCAGGCCGCCCAGGAAAACAAGGGCAUCGACCUGUUCAAGCUGCAGCCCAAGAAGCCCAACUGGGACCUGAAGCGGGAGCUGAACCAGAAGAUGGAGGUGCUGAACGUCAGGACGGACAACGCGAUUGCGCGCAUGGUGAGGGAGCGGCUGGCUGCGAAGAAGCAAGCGGCAGUUCAAGAUAUGACGAAAGACGGGAAGGAGGAGGAGGAGGCAGGCAUGCUGGAGGGGACGGCGCUGGUGGAGGGGAUGAAGAUGAGGGAGAGGGAGGAAGCGGAGGAGGAGAGGAGGGAGCGGGAGUUGGAGGAGGCCGAGUUGGCGGCUUGA